AUGGGCGAGUUUUUCUUCAAUAUUGAUCACGGAUACUUGGAGGCUCUCAUCAGAGGAUUCAAAUGUGGACUUCUCACCCAGGCUGAUUACGCUAACUUGGUUCAAUGCGAAACCUUAGAAGAUUUAAAGCUUCACAUUCAAUCAACAGACUAUGGAAACUUCUUAGCCAACGAGCCUGGUGCAAUAACUGUCCAAGUUAUUGAUGAGCGUCUGAAAGAGAAACUUGUGACUGAAUUCACACAUUUGAGGAACAAUGCUAUUGAACCUCUUGCUACUUUCUUAGACUACAUCACUUACUCGUACAUGAUCGAUAAUAUUAUUCUUCUUAUCACUGGAACUCUUCACCAGCGCCCAAUUAGCGAGUUGAUCAGCAAAUGUCACCCAUUGGGAUCUUUUGAACAAAUGGAAGCUAUUCAUAUUGCUUCAACACCUGCCGAACUCUACAACGCAGUGCUUGUUGAUACACCUCUCGCUAAUUAUUUCGUUGAUUGUAUCAACGAGCAAGAUUUGGAUGAAAUGAAUGUUGAACUCAUCAGAAAUACUCUCUACAAGGCUUAUAUUGAAGAUUUCUACAAAUUUUGUCAGAAAUUGGGAGGAAAGACCGCUGAGGUCAUGUGCGAAAUUCUCGCGUUCGAAGCUGACCGUCGGUCUAUCAUCAUCACCAUCAACUCUUUUGAUACUGAGUUGAGCAAGGAUGAUAGGGAGAAACUGUACCCACGUUGCGGAAAGCUCUACCCAGAAGGACUCUCUGGAUUGGCUCGUGCUGACGAUUACGAGCAAGUCAAACAAGUCUGCGAUUUUUACGCUGAUUACAAGCCACUGUUCGAAGGUAGCGGUAACGUUACAGGAGAUAAGACCCUCGAGGAUAAAUUCUUUGAGCAUGAGGUGAAACUCAACGUUCAAUCCUACCUACACCAGUUCCAUUUCGGAGUUUUCUACGCCUUCAUCAAACUGAAAGAGCAAGAGAUGAGAAACAUCAUCUGGAUUGCUGAAUGUAUCUCUCAGCGACACCGUACUAAGAUUGACAAUUACAUCCCAAUUCUGUAA